GCUUAAGAGAGGCCCCUAUAUUUUAUGAAGAGUGAAGGUUCCUAUAGUAUAAGUAGGGAUGAAAAUUUGAAAAGACAUCCUUUGGCGCAUCCAACAGCAUUGUGAGCUGCCAAAAAGCAAAAGGUGAUAGCCGCCAUCACCACCACCACCACCACCACCACCAUGCUCCUCAAAGAGGUCCCCUUAGUGGCUACAGUUCUACUUACUCACCCUUUUUAUCUCUCUAAAUGUUUCUCACUCUAAAACCAGCAUUCAUAAAUUCAAAGCACCAUUCCACUCCUCUCUCCCCCUUUCUCUCUCCCAGAUAAUUCACUCUUCUCUAUCUCUAUCCAUCUCUCGUUCUUUCUCUGGAGAUUUUGUCGAAAAGAAGAAAACCCAUCUCUUGAAUCCGUUGCUAGUGCUAAAGAAACCAUGAAAGCAGCUUCAAUUGAAGAAGAUAUUGGAAGGAGCCAAGACCUUGAUCACAGAGCUAUCAUGAAUGGUGGUUUUGAAAACCACCAUCUUGGACCGAAAACCAGAGAGACAGAACUCAGACUUGGUUUAUCAGGCUCUGGUCUUGAGACUCUGGAGAAUGAGAAGAAAGAAGAUAGGUGGUUUCUUGGACAAAGCUGUUUUCUUCAAAAUCAGUGGAAUGGUGGAGUCGGGUAUGGUGUGCGUGCAAAGAGGGUUUUCUCAGACGCCAUGAUAGGAGCUCAAGAAGCCAGAGAGGUUUAUGGAAAUGGGUGGAAUCUUGGUUUCAUGGGUGCAGGUGAAGCGGGUAGAAACAUGGUGAUUAAUAACAUCAGGAAACCAACUGGUUUCUCUUUGAAUGAGACUGUGAAAGAUGGAAUCUCUGAUGAAAAACAAAAGGUGCCGUUUGAGAAGAAUCGGAAGGCUGAGGCUCAUUCUCCACCUGAUACAAGGAUUCAUCAUCAUGGCAUGGAUUCGGUAUCUAAGAACUAGGGCAGCACAUUCCACGUUCAAAAAGUUGUACAACAAAUGAACAGUAUGGUACAAUAACUUUACUUUUGCAUGCUCUCUGCCUUCAAUCUUCACAUUCUGCUUGCACCAAAUCAAGCCUUUUUUUUCUUUUGAUUCUUAUACUCUGCUUUUGUGCAAGAGAGCGAGAUUUUUUUUACCGUGGAUUUUCCAAAUAGAAGGGUGCAUGGGCUUGGGUAUAGGAGAGAGAAGGAGGGAGAGGGUCUGAGUGUUUUUAUAUGUUUAUAUGAGAGGAGAGAGACCAGUAAAGAGUAGAGAGGGAGAGAGGGUGUGUUUCUGCAUGUAUGUGGGGAGAGACGAGGAGAGACAGAUGAUGAGCAGAGAGCAGUGUUUGCAAACUCGGCCCGUCCAACUCGGAGCCGGCCCUGUCAAACCCGAUUUGGGCAUGGGCCUAUCCAAUUUUGAUGGUCUAGCCAAGUAUUUAAAAAAAUUCAAAAAAAUAAAAUAUAAAAGUUCGAAACCUAAGGGAUUCAUUUGUAAUAUGUUUUUAUGGUUCCGAAAAAGAUGAGGUGUGUUGCCCUGAUACGAAUUCUUACAUUUUCUCAUCUUUUUAGAAAAUUUUGAAGAUAUCACUGGCACAAAUACUCUUUUAGAAUCCAUUUUUUUUGGACUACUUUUCAAUUUUAUUUUGAUGCGCUUUGUUUGAUCAUGCUUUAAAUAUAUUUUAUAUUUUUUUAACAGACUGGGAUUUGCUCAAUUAGGCCUGUGAACUGGCCGGUUUACCGGAAACUCGGACUUGGCCCUUAGCCGGCCGUUUGAUUUUUCGAAUACUGGUAGAGAGAGAGAGAGAGAAAUAAAUAGGGGAGAGACAGUGAUGAUGAGUAGAGAGAGAGUGAGAGAG